AUGAAAGGGAAAAAAGAAAAAAUUACAGAAGAGGACAUUGACAAAGAAUUGAAUAAUAUUGACAAUUAUAAAAUAGAUAAUAAUAUAAAAGUCCCAUAUAUUUUAAAAAAAGAACUUAAAAUAGAAAAUAAUAAUUGUAUAAGAAAAGAAAAUUAUAACAAUACUAAUGUUAACAAGUUUUAUAAUGAAGAAAUUUUCUCAGAAAAAAGAGAGAUUUAUACUCCUGACAGUGAAGUUAGUGAAAGCAUUACUACUGAAAAUGUAAGCAAAGAAAAAGAAAGUGAAGUUAACAAUUUAAAUGAAAAAAAAAGUGAAGUUAACAAUUUGAAUGAAAAAGAAAGUGAAGUUAACAAUUUAAAUGAAAAAGAAAGUGAAGUUAACAAUUUAAAUGAAAAAGAAAGUGAAGUUAACAAUUUAAAUGAGAAAAAAAGUGAAGUUAAAUUAAAUGAGAAAAAAAGUGAAGUUAACAAUUUAAAUGAAAAAGAAAGUGAAAUUAACAAUAUGAAUGAAAAAGAAAAAGACGUUAACGAUUUAAGCGAAAAAGAAAAGGAAAAUGAAGAUCCAAAAAUAAAAGGUAACUUAAAAGAUUAUUACCAAAAUUUACCAACUGUUAUAAUUGUAAUUGGAAUGGCUGGAAGUGGUAAAACAACGUACGUUGGAUCUUUAUAUAAAUAUUUAAAAAUAGAAAAAAAAAAAAAAGUAUAUACAAUUAAUUUAGACCCAGCUGUUAAAUAUUUACAAUAUCCAACGAAUAUAGAUAUAAGAGAUAGUAUAAAAUACCAUGAAAUAAUGAAGGAAUAUAAACUUGGUCCAAAUGGAGCUAUAAUGACAUGUUUAAACUUAUUCGCUACAAGAUUUGAUAAAGUGAUUGAAAUAUUAGAAAAAAGAAAACAAAAACUAAACUAUAUAAUUGUUGAUACUCCAGGGCAAAUUGAAGUAUUUAAUUGGUCAGCUAGUGGUAAUAUUAUAUUAGAAACACUUUCAGUUAGUUUUCCAGUUGUAAUUAAUUAUGUUAUUGAUACUGUUAGAUGUGAAAGACCUAUUACAUUUAUGUCUAAUAUGCUAUAUGCUUGUAGCGUUUUGUAUAAAUCUAGAUUGCCUUUCUUGGCUUGCUUUAAUAAAAUUGAUAUCAUUAAGCAUGAUAAAUGUAUUGAAUGGAUGAAAAAUUAUGAUAGUUUCAAUGAAGAUGUUUUAAAUGAUGAAAGUUAUAUGGCAAGUUUUAGUAGGUCAUGCGCAUUAAUGAUUAAUGAAUUUUAUGAAGGCAUUAAAACAGUAGGGAUUUCAUCAAAAACAAAUGAAGGUUUUAAUAAUAUAUUAAAAAAUUUAGAAUAUCUAAAGGAAGAAUACAUAAGUGAUUAUGUACCAUGUAUAGAAAAACAAAUGAAAAGAAUUAAAAAAAAAAAGGAAAAAGAUAUAAAAUUGAAAAUGGAAUCUUUAUUAAUGGAAAAACAGAAAAAUAUACCAAUAUCAAAAAACUGA